CGAAAUAGAACAACAACAACAACAACAAAAAAACCCGUUUCGCUUUAUUCAAUGAAUCAAAUCAUAAUUUGGAAGCAGCGUGAAGAAAUAGCAUUCGAAGCAGGGCAUUCGAAGCUUGCAUUGAUUAGGUGACGACAUAGAGGCGAAAAAUCUUCGUAAUUAGUUCGGACGCCACAACGAGGCUACGAAAAUGUUUCCGGCAUUUACCUUCUGUAAGUUCUACUUGGGAAUGUAUCUGUGAGUUUCUUCCUUGCUGUUACACGAAAAAAUGUCCGAUUACUAUGCGAUUUUGGAAGUCCCAAAGAGUGCAAGCGAGCAAGACAUCAAAAAAGCAUAUCGAAAAUUAGCCCUAAAAUGGCAUCCAGAUAAAAAUCCAGACAACAAAGAGGAAGCUGAAGAAAACUUUAAACUGAUAUCAGAAGCUUAUGAUGUCCUGUCAGACAAGGAGAAAAGAAAAAUCUAUGACAGAUAUGGUAAAGAAGGAUUAACAGGAGGGAGUGGUGGUGGAGGUCCAAGUACUGGAGGCUUUGCAGGAUUCCAUAAUUUCCAUUUCCGUGAUCCUAAUGAGAUCUUUAGAGAGUUUUUCCAACACGAUUCCAUGUUUGACGAGUUUUUUGGUAACAGAAGAGGUGGAAAUGUGAACAGGAUGAGGCCAACCGACCCGUUUGCCAGCAUGCCAAGUUUUGGCUUCACAUCUAGUUUUGGAUUUGGUGAUGAUCCUUUUGGUUCAAACAGCUUUUCAUCAUUCCAAAGUUUUGGUGGAAGUGGAGGCGGAGGGGGAAGAAAUUUUAAAUCAACAUCGACAUCAACUAAAGUUGUCAAUGGAAAGAAAAUAACUACAAAGAAGAUUGUUGAGAAUGGAAAGGAAACUGUAGAAGAAUGGGAAGACAAUAUCUUGAAGAGGAGACUUGUCGACGGCACAUUACAGCUUACAAACUAGAAAAUAAUGCACACUAAAUAUGGGCCUUAAAUAAUGCACACUAUGGGCCUUAAAUGAAUAAGAAGAGUGUAGACUGGAAACCCUCUGGUUGCUUUCAAUUGAAAUGUGGCAGGGAAAAAAGCAAUCACUGGCCAAAAGUUUCUUUUAAGUUAUUGGUUUAAAUAUUUUUUUUUAUACAGAUAUUGAGCGUAGUUUCAGGAUUGUAGAUGUCUCAACUGAACAUUUUCUAACCGACUUUUUUCUAAACUGUUGCUUUAGACCUUUCCUCUUUCACCCUGAGAGUCAAGCAAAUCUCUGUAGGCGUGACACUGGUGUGUGACGAUUGAUCUCUGUAGCCGUGACACUGGUAUGUGACGAUUGAUCUCUGUAGGCGUGACAAAGUGUGUGACAAUUUAAAGAACUGAAAGCUGCUAAAAACCACAGUAUCAAGCAGAGUACUUCAUAUAUGGGGUAGCAGUGUGUGUACCAAAGCAGCACUCUGGGGAGUAAACUAGGUUGCUGAGUUCAAAUGAAUAAACACAAGUUCUUUAAUUUGUCUUUCUUCAAUUCGACUGUCAGUGAACUAGUUAUGACUAGUGAUAUCACGUAGAAAAUUUCAAGGACGAAAUAGAGCAGUCACUAUUUGGAUCAGUCUGUCUCGUGUCUACAGGUAGAUCACAUUUCUGGGAAAAAAAAAACGAUCAAUUCCCACUUUGUGCAGCCACAAAGCUUCAACAUGUAAUAAACCCAACAAAAAAAAAACUUACUGUUUUUUCACAGAUGAUUGCUAUGGUAAAUUGCACCUUGCAGAUAUUUUGAAAAAAAA